AGUUUCUAAGGAGACGUCAGUGGAUUUAAUCCUUUAUUACUACUACGCGGUUGGCGCGAGGACUUUUAGGGGGUGUGGGGGGGGUGCGCACAGUGUGCGCGCGAGACAGAGAAUGGGUGGAAGGUAGAAGGCAAGCAUGAGAGAGAAGAGUUGUGAAACAUCGGUAAGAUGUUUGGGAAGGUGGUAUGAUGGAAGGUUCGGGAAAGGAAAGGGAAAAUUGUAAUGGAAGGUCCUUCCCAUGGCUCACUCGCACCGACAACAGGUUUUGGAAACUCGCAGACUGCUUCUCUUCCCCCCAGCAAACUGCCCCGGCUACACAACACCAGAACAAUUACAUGGAAGUCCGUAAGCCAGUGUUGGAGCUGAAAGAUGUCCCUCCCCCUCCACUCCACAAUGCAUCUCAGCAGUCACUUGCUCUUGCCCCCCAGCCUGUGCCGCCUUCCUGCCAGCUUCCUGCUUCAGACCCUCAACUUAACCAGCAGCCCAUUCCUCAGCUGCAGCCUGGUAGCCCUAAAGUAAGCUUGUGUUCUCACUGUGAAUGCAGUCUGCACAUCCAGAAGCAUUCUGGCUUGCUUGAAGCCAGGGCCCACAGUUUUGGUGAUGGGUGUAGCAGUGCUAAUUCUAGCUCUGGUGGUGGCUUUCCUGCACCUUUUUCCUCUGCACAGCUACAGACCCCACAGAGUUUCGGGUUCCGGGUGGCCUCGGUAGCUACGUCGCAGCCCAUGGCAGCUCACACGCACCCUUCCUGCUGCAGGCACCUUCACACUUGUUCCUCUGUCUCAGUGGGGUGUCUGCAGUCAAAACACGUGUCUGGCACUGCACCCAUCCAUGGGCCCUGUGUGGCCUUAUCUGGAUGUUGCCACUGUAGCGAGGAGCGUCGGGCGGAGCAGCACUAUCGUUCACACGGUGACGCACCCUCCUCUACUCACCUCUGCACUAACCCUUUGUACUUCGAGCACAACACGGUCUGUCAGAAGGGAGCACACUACUGCCAUCAGUGUUUAAGAAAGCCCACACAGGGUUUGGGAGCUGCUGAUUCUGAAAAGGUUUGGCCGAACAUCCCCCCUCCUCAGCCCUGCUCUGCUGCUGUAUCUAUGUGUAAUGGCUGUAGAGUUCCUGGAACCUCCAGUGAUGGCAUUCUGCACCCCACCAGCAUAGGCAAAAUCAACCAGAAAUAUGGAUCCAUUGAGGGUGGUGGACAGGAGUCCUUGCCCCCGGUGGGUGUUUUUUGGGACAUAGAGAACUGUGCUGUACCCAGUGGCCGUUCAGCUGCCACAGUGGUCCAGAGGUUGCGUGAGCGUUUCUUCCAGGGACACCGCGAAGCUGAGUUCAUCUGUGUAUGUGACAUCAGCAAGGAGAACAAAGCUGUCAUUCAGGAGCUCAACAACUGCCAGGUCACCGUUGCUCACAUUAAUGCCACAGCCAAAAAUGCUGCUGACGACAAACUCCGACAGAGUCUGAGGCGCUUUGCUGAAACACACACCGCUCCUGCUACAGUCAUUGUAGUUUCUUCCGAUGUGAACUUCGCCAGUGAGCUGAGUGACCUGCGUCAUCGCCAUGGCUUUCAAGUCAUUCUGGUGCACAAGACUCAAGUCUCGCCUGCUCUGCUGCAGCACGCACACCUGCAUGUCCUAUUUGAGGACUUUGUCUCGGAAUUGCCCCCCAGGAUGCUGAUCAAAUCACAGCCCUGUUUCAACCUCCUCUUUGUGCACAACCUCCCCACGCACCGCGAUGCCAAGUCCGUCAGUAGCAGGCUUCAGCGCCUAUCCAAUAACUGUGGUGGGAAAGUGCUGGGCGUGACUGGUGGCACCGCUGUGCUCCGAUUUGCCAGUGCAGAGGCAGCCGAGCGCGCCCGAAAGCGCAUGGAGAACGAGGACGUCUUAGGCAACCGCAUCACUGUCUCAUUUUCCCCUGACGGGCUGCAGGAGGAGGAAGAGGUGGUGGAGCGGUCUCGACCUGCUACCACUUCUUCUUCCUUUUCUAGUGCCCUGUUCCUCCCAGUGGAGAAGCCGCGGUCACCACGUCGCCCCAGGCGGGCAUUACGAGCCUCCCAAAGCGGCAGAGACGCUGGGGUAAAUGUUCCAGAAAGACCCUACAGCCCUAGGAAAGUGGGGCAUGCUUCUUCCUGCAGCCCAGUGCUGAAGUCCCUUUCCCAGGAUGCAAGCAGUAUGGAGUCUAAGCCCAGGGCAGGUUUUCCUCUGGAGAAAGUCCGUGCUGCAUCUGCGUCUCCUCAGAGCAGCGGCCUCACCGCUCAGCUGCAGCCUGCUAAACCAGCCUUCCCCGCAGAGCUCGUUCAACGCAGCCGCAGGAGAGACUCAUGCAGCCUGCGUAGUACCACAGAUUCUCCAACGGAGUCAUUUCAGGUGAGCACUCCAUCAGCUUUCAGCAAACUCAACCUGCACACUUCCUUCAGCCCGCUGAUGUUCUCGCACGGAUCCUGGUCCUCAAGGAGUGCAUCUCCGUGUCUCUCCAACCGCUCGUCCCCGCAGAGCGUUCCCUCUCGUAGCCCAUGUCCUGAUUCCCAGCCUGAGCCCUUCUCAGAUGGUGCAGAUAUACAGGUAGCCAACCUCGACUACAGGAUGUCCAGAAAAGAGCUGCAGCAGAUCCUGCUCGACACCUUCGCCAAGCAUGGCAGGGUGAAAAGUGUUGAGCUCAGCCCUCAUACAGACUACCAGCUCAAAGCUAAGGUACAGAUGGGUUCUCUGCAGCAGGCUAUCGGAGCCGUUAGCAUUCUUCACCGCUACAAGAUUGGCAAUAAGCGCAUUCAUGUGUCCCUCAUCACUGGGGCAAAUAAAUCCCUUACCUGCCUCAGCUCAGAGAUCAUCAGCAUUCUUCAGGAUUCUCCAGCUAAUUGUCUUCCACUUUUCAAAUUCACUGAAAUUUAUGAGAAAAAGUUUGGCCGUAAACUGGUGACGAGCGAUCUCUACAGAUUGCCAGAGGUAGUGGCUGUGCGUGAACAGGGUGGAGGACGCAUGGUGUGUCUUCUCCCAAGCAGCCUAGCCAGACAUAGUCCCUUAGGCUCCUCCCAGUCCCACGAUGGUUCUUCCACCAGCGGCAGUCCUGUUGUGUUUGAGGAGCUUGAGUACCAUGAACCAGUCUGCAAACGUCACUACACGCAGCAAGAUUUCAGUGAGGCAGAUUAUGACCCUGACACAUACAAGAUCCCGUUUGUUGUGGUGUCUCUGAAAGCCUUGUCUGCUCACGUGCACAGUCUGCUGCAGUCACACGAGGGUACCAUCCCCUUGCUCAGCUUUCCAGAAUGUUAUGCAUCAGAGUUCAGCCCGUUGACAGUGGCUGAAGAAGGGAAGCUGGAGGGUAGUGUUCCCCUGGAACACCUCAUUACCUGUAUACCAGGCAUCACCAUUGUAACCGCACAGAAUGGGUUCAAGGUCAUCAAAUGGAUCCACAACAAACCCCCACCACCUAAUGCAGACCCCUGGCUACAGCGCUGUAAGAGCCCAGUUGGAAAUCCCCAGCUGAUCCAGUUCAGUCGAGAAAUCAUUGACCUGAUGAAAAACCAGCCCUGUUGCCUGAUGCCCAUCACUAAAUUCAUCCCAGCCUACCAUCAUCACUUUGCCAAACAGUGCAGAGUCUCUGAUUAUGGCUACUCCAAACUUCUAGAGCUGCUAGAGGCUGUACCGCACGUACUGCAGAUCCUUGGCUUGGGCUCUAAGCGGUUGCUGACCCUCACACACAGAGCACAGGUGAAGCGUUUCACUCAAGACCUGCUCAAACUACUCAAGUUUCAGGCGAGCAAGCAGGUCAUCAUCAGAGACUUCAUGCAGGCCUACCACUGGUGUUUCUCCAGAGACUGGCGAGUGAUUGAUUACGGAAUGUGUGACUUGAUGGAUCUGCUGACUGAGAUUCCUGACACGACCAUCACCAUUACACAGCAGGAUUCUGACACGGUCAUAUCCGUACCUAAGAGAGAGCGGACUACAGAGGAGAUGGAACGCACCAGGCAGUUUGGGAAGGAGGUGGUGGAUCUGCUCCGUCACCAACCGCACUUCCGCAUGCCUUUCAGCAAGUUCAUUCCCACUUAUCACCACCAUUUUGGCCGCCAGUGCAAACUCACCUAUUAUGGGUUCUCUAAGCUCAUGGAGCUGUUUGAAGCCAUUCCUGAUGUCCUUCAGGUGCUAGAAUGUGGUGAGGAGAAGGUACUGGUUCUGACUGAGGUGGAGCGAGUAAAGGCUCUGGCAGCUCAGCUAGUGAAGCUCUUGCGUGCUCAGAGAGACUGCACAUUACCUGUUAGCCAGCUGCUGGCUGAGUACAGCAAGACCUUCGGUUAUGGCCUCCGCCUGCAGGAUUACGAUGUCGGUACACUGCCUGCCCUUCUGUCCAAACUCUGCCAUGUGGUCAAGGUAGUGGUUGGAGCUGAAGAAAAAGAGGUCCAGCUUAUCAACAGAAAAUCGCUACGUGCGCUCACGUCCCAGCUGCUGGUGGUAAUGAUGUCACUUCCUGAUGAGCACAACUGGCUGGGAGUGGAGGCGCUGCAGAAGCAGUACGAGUCGAUGUAUGAUCAGCAACUCAACCCCUGUGAAUACGGCUUCGUCUCACUAACUGAGCUGCUCAAAAGUCUGCCUUACCUAGUGGAGUUGUUUGAGGGUGAUGAGGGCGAUGAGUCCAGAGAUCGCAUAAAAUUAACUCGGCUGUACCAGUUUGCUCGGAAAGUUCGAGCCCUCCUGCACACCUACCACUACAACCAAAUCUUCCUGUCUGAGUUUUGGGGUGCCUUCAGCAAGUACACAGGCCAUGAGUUCCAGCCUCGUGACUAUGGAUACAGCACUCUGGAUGAGCUCCUUGCUGCCAUACCACAAGUAGUGUGGAUCAAAGGCCAUGGACACAAGAAGAUUAUAGUCCUAAAGAAUGAUAUGAAAGCCCGUGGCAGCCCUGCCAGCACAGAGAGCCCUCAGCCUGAGGAGGCCCGAGAGAGCCAGAGCCCUGCCAGCACGCACAGCCCAGCAUCAGGUGGCAGUACUGGUGAGGCAGAGCUGCUGUGCCUGAGCUCCGGUUCUCCGGUGGAUCUCUUGUGUGGGCCAGUUCCCUCCUGCCUGCCUUCCCCUCAGUUACAUCCUGACCCGGUUCUGCUCCAAAACAACGACCUUAUCCGAUUUGAGGAGCAGUCCUCAGGAGGCACCAGAGAGGAUCCGCCCGUCCAUGACCGCCAGCCUCAAGCAGCUCUGAUGCCCACCGAGUGCUGCACAGCUUCAAAUGAAGUAGUCGAAACUGAGGAAACCUCAGUCUGUAGUGUAGGUGAACUGGUUCCAACCAAUAGUGUUGAAAGAAACACAGAAUGCCCGAGUGGGAAUACUAAAUCUGAUGAUGCACCAGGCUCGCUCAUUAGCAAGCCCUCCCAAACCCCCAACCUCAAACCCUUGGCCACAGAAAGCCCCAGCAAAAGAACCUUCCGGAAUAAAAUAAAACUUGCAGCUAAUUUUUCUUUCUCUCCAAACCCCUCAAUUUAAAGCUAAUCAGAUUACGCUCACAGUAAUUUAUUUUAUUUUUUGCCCGCUCUGUUGUUCUUUACAGUAAGCCAGUGAAACAAAUCUGUGUAACUCUGCAGAGCUGUGGCCGUGAAGGAUUUGGUCAAACCAGCAACUACUUCUGCUUCUGUCUCUUAAAAUGUUCAACGCACUUGCUCAUCAGUUGUUGGCUAUAUUUCCAGCCUUUGUUUACUUUGAGAUCCCAUUUUCCGUGUUGGUUUAAAUCCUGAGAUUUAUGUUCUGCUGAAAAUCACGUCCAUUUGAUUAUGUUUAAGGAAACAUGAGUUUAUAUGAAAGAAAAACGUACCUCCGAGUCAGCUGUAACUAAGGCAGCUUCCGUCCUUUCAGAUUAUCAUUUCCUCUCUUUGUGUGCUGUUUUGGGAAUCAUGGUUUUCAUCACAUGAAAUUAGUAGUCGCAUUUGAAGUCCUCCGACCGACCCUGCUCUUAUAUUCUAACAAAAACGAUGGAGACGUCCUCUCCUGUUUAUACACCGCAUGAUUUUAAAUGAUAUUAAGUUAAUGAAGGAAGGCAUCGAUUAUAAUAAGCUUAUUAAUCUUUAACCCAACAUAAUGCCAAUUCCUUUGCGUUUGUAGGAGUUCCGUAAUUUUUCUGUAUGCUUUGGAACCUCUUUAGAGUUUAACAUCUAAAGUUUUUUGUAGAUUUCUGGUCCAUGCUUUAGUGCACGUGUUUAAUAGCCUGAGUUUUAAUGGCAUUUUGUUCAACAUCUCAACAGUGCAUUUGGUUUCACUUUGAUGGAGAUUAGAAGAUGAGCAGGUGUCAGUCUGGAUGUUUCACGCCUGGUACAGGACACGUAUGCAGGAUAAAGUCGAGGUUGUGUUACGGAGCUCUUCGCUAGCUUGAAUCGCGCCAUUCGACAGCUGAUGUCGACGACGAAAGUUGAGUUGGCGCGUGUAAAACUCCGCAUUUCUUCUGCUGGAGUUCAAGCAAAAAGCUCCAUUUCAGUUUUAGCCAUGUAUGCAGCUCAGGCUUUAUUUCGAAUGUUUGGGGGGUAUUUUUUGUACGUGUGGAAUUUUAUAUGCACAUAGUGCAUAGAUAAUUUCCUGUGUGAUGUGAUGUAGAAGCCGUAGAGUUUUAAUUUGUUUGCUUCCUGCAUUUUCACGGCGGUUCAUUGUGGCAAGAGCCAAGGUUGUUUUUUUUAACCUUGAUCAGUUUCUUUAGAUCUGUUGACAGUCUUUGCUUAUUGUUGAUGCAAGACUUCAGCACAGGUAAUUUCUAGAUGGGUUUUAAGGCACUGGAGUCGAGGAUGGGAACUGCUCAGAGAAACACCGUGGUAUCAGGGGGACACACACAGGCCCUCUGAUUUUCUUUUUUUUCUUUUUUCUUCUGUGGACAGAGCCAGGCUUUUUACAAUGGCUUGUAUCAGCCUUGGCGCCAUGGGAUAUGAAGCUAGAGAGAGCACUGCUAGAGCGUUUCAUCCUGCACUCCCUUAGCAUGUUGUUGUUUGUAGAUUUCUUUUCUGUUGUCUUUAGUGGGCUUCUUGGGACCGAAGACUUAUCCUGCAUCUGUUUGUGCAGUCUGGGUUAUCCCAGGACUAAAAAAAUAAAACAAAAAACACUAGACUGAUCAUCUGACAAGCUGAGCCAUUAGGCUCUGUAUUCACGCAGAGAGAACCACGUUUUGGGAGCGUCUCCCUGUAAAACGGCUUCCUGUUUUUAUUGUGAAAGUAUGCGAUUCAUUAAAGAAAAUGUGAUCAUCUCUGGGCUCUGGCCUUUAAACCUGAUAGUCAUCAGAAUGGCUGCUGUUUUAGUUCAAAGAGGUCUUGUUAGUUUAAUGCAGUCUAGUUUAAUCUUAGUCAAGUUUACAGCUCAUGUUCCUGAUUUCCUGACUUGCCACUACAGAGUGGCUGCAUUAUGUCCCAACUGAAUUACUUUCAUCCCAGAUAAAAGGAGCUGUUUUUCAAGAUUAUCAAAGGCCUGAUAUUUAUUUCAUGGAGGGUCGAGUCCCACUGGCUGUAAUGAUUCCUAAUUUUGCUGCUACACUUUCAGUUUGCUGUUUUGGGGAGAUAAUCUGGUUACAGCUAACUCGGAGGACAAAUCUGGAGCAUCUCGUUUGUUGCACCACAAUGACAAGCUGAUCUUGUUUGCCUAUGCAUGUUUGCAUAGUUUUGAUUUCAUUAAAUGUCAUUCUGCUGGGGGUGGGUGUAAUGUUAAUGAAGUUAAAUGUACAUGAGUGUUUAGUUGAGCAGCAGCACUUUUCCAGCAUGGAGCGUUUUGGUUUACAUGUUUAGGGGUCAGUUGUGCGAUUCUACAAAUUGACCUGAAGCAAGUGCAGUUAGAACUAGAACAAGUUCGACAUGCUGGAUUUAUCCUGAUUCCAUCCUAAUAUAUUUAGCCAGAAUUGAUUAAAUGUUCAUUAGAAAAUUCGAAAGUAAUAUUACACUAAUUUGGGAAAUGCUCUCGGGUGAACUGAUUAAAGAUGACUGUACAGUUAGUCUCUCAUCAGAAGCAGAAUGUUGUCACGUUAUAACCCAAAAUUCUGUGUUGUGCCUCCUUUUGGUUCUUGCUGAUGUAUUUGAGUUGCAUGUUCUUUACAGUAUUGUGCCUUCUGCCUCUGUUCACUCGGUCACUCUCACCCCCAUUCAUUAAGCCAUUAUAACAUUUCACUUUUCUGUGAAGCGUCCGAAAUUUUUUUCAGUUAAUAAAUUUCACAAGCAUCA